AAGAAGAAGAAGAAGAAGAAGAAGAAGAAGAAGAAGAAGAAGAAGAAGAAGAAGAAGAAGAAGAAGAAGAAGAAGAAGAAGAAGAAGUGAGUCCAUCUCCUUCUUCAGCUGAUGUUUUCACAGACUCCUCUGAACUAACUGUGAUACCAGAUGGUUCCUCUGCUCCAAUUUCCCUCAUGAACUUGAACAAAGACAUCUCAGUGGUCCAAAUUUCUACAGGUGAAGAUGAAGAGGCUGAAACAGAUCCUGCACAAAGACAAGACCCUCUCUGUGUUGAUGCUUUUUCAGGACUUUCAAUACCUGAAACUAUUUCUUCAAAUGACAGUUUUGAUCCAGUGUCCUUCUUUGAGCCGAACACAGAGAAGCACAGUUUUCUUUUAUCUGGGAAAAUGGAUCUGUCACUCAACCAAGAGGAUUUCCCUUCUCAGAUAUUCAGUUUUAGUGGAGCCGCUACAUCAGACUGUUUACAGGAAGAGAGGCUUCUUCAGGUACAAAGAGCAUAUGAGCAACACUACCAAGAGGAACCAGAGGAAUCCUUCAGAGAAGACCUCUUAUGUGCUCAGGCUGAAACCUUACAUCAUCUGCAGACUGAUGUUCAGUUAGACAAGCCCAGAGCUGGUGGUUCAUGGGCCCUGAACCCUGCUGAUCCUCUGAUCAUCAACAUCAAAACCAGCUCUUCCUCUUCUGACACACCUCAUGUGAGCGCCUCACUAAUGCAAGUCAAAAUGGAGGAUAUCUCAGUUCAGAGCACCGCAGGCAGCUGGUGGAAACACAACCUGGAGAGCCAUCAAGUUCCCAGCAGUCAGAAGUUACCUGUUACAGAAGCAGGAGCAGAUUCCCCAAAGAGGUCGUCUGUCGGAUCGGGUCAGCCCUACUCCUACAGUUUGUUCACCUUCACUGAGAAACACAAAGGAGACGACAGAGAAGGCAAACAGGCAGACAAAGAGUACGCUGCAGGUUGGAGCAGUCUGGGAAAGGACUCACAAGGUGCGAUAAGAACCCGAUCCAGGAAAGGAAAAAGAGUCAAGAGAACAUAAGGACACAAAGGAUCUAUGUGGAAAACUGAACUGUGACAUCAGAUUUUAUAUUAAUAAUUUCAAUGCAGUUCAUUCACAUUUGGCUGCACUUUACAUCACAGCUGGAUAAUAGCAUGGAAAUACAUAAGCAAACCCAUGUGAACACCAUUUUUUAUUAACAAUAUCAGACAGAAACAUAUAUUACAGGAUAAGAAGGGGCCAAAAAAAGGUAAUAAUAGGGAAACACAUUUAAUGAUGGCAAAACAGUCAUAUUAGGUGGUAAUAUCAUUAUCACUUAAUAAUAAAGUGCUUAUAUCCAUGCAACAUGUGGAUGUAAAAAAUGGUAACAUGAUGAAAUUAAUGGGAUAAUAAACUAAUAAUAAUGAUAUAAUAUGGGUUAUUGUUUCCUCAUAUUACAGGUUACAAUCUAAAUUUAAUAAGAAUCAUAUCAAAAUAUUAUAACCUUAUACAGUAACUAACUUUUGUUUCAGGGUACUUUCUUCUUUUAGUCACCAUAGAGCUGUUUGUUAAAUCUAAAUGUUUCACAGAUUAAAUCAUGUUAUUAUUAGCAGGUUAUCAUAUUGUUACCAAAAUAUGACUGUACUAGUUUUGUCUCAUUGCUAUUUUCCUAUUAAUGCACUUUAUUUUCGACCCAUUAACACCCUGUUGAAUAACUUUCGGUCUAAUUUCCCUCAUAUUAUUAACAACAGGCUGUUACCAGGUUAUUAUUUUUGAUAAAUACUGAAUUAUUACCUUUUUUAUCGUCCCCCUGAGACCCAGAAAAGUGAGAAUUUUGCAGCAUUUGUAUUAAAUAGUUGUCUUUGGUGAAAAGAGCAUGCCACAGUAUGUUUUUUCAGAAACAUUUCUAUUUUUUAAGGAAUGUCUUUUGCAGUGGACACUGAGACUUUGAACCAGCUGAAUAAUUCUUACACAAGGAAAAUGUUUUCAUCAAUAAAAAAGUGAAAUAAUUUUCAAUUUACAUGUUUGCCUUCAGCUUUUUUUCUAGUAAUAUCACCAAAUGUGGAAAAACACAUCUAAAACCAAACAUUAAACUUAGACUGAGCUUUUCUCCACUUGGCAAUUUUUGCCAAAUUUUUGGCAGUUUUCAUACUGCAAAUGAUUUCACCAAGAAGCACUUUUUCUUUUAUACACACAUGCUUUUCAUAAAUAAUUAUCCUUGUCUUUCUAUGAAAGCAGAGAUUUAGUAAGUGCCUGAGUCCAUCACGGAGGACAUGGAGUUAAAAAUUGCGGCAUAUUAACAAAACACCUCAAACUAUGGAUUAAAAAAAAAAACUUUUGUUCUAAAAAAAAGACUAAAAACAAAAUAUCUGGGUAAAUUUAAUAACCAGCUUUUCAUGCGCCCAUAAAACAUAAACAUGGUACGGCAGCCAUUUUGGAUAAAUAGAUCUUCUGUUUCAUUGUCAGAUAUCAGUGGAAAGCCCAGGAUGUCCUCUACACAACACGACAGAACACAACACAACACAACACAACACAACACAAGACUACACUACACUACACUACAUCACUACAUAACACAACACAACACAACAGGUCUGACCCUCCUACACUGAUCUUUUCUGAAAUAAAGCUGUAAAACUAUUGUCGCCUACAAAGGACAAAAAUGAUCUCAGUGGUCUCAAGAGGUUCUGAAAACAUCACCCCAUUGUUACAAUUUUAUUUCUGAAGUUUUUAAAGCUGCCUGUAUGCUUUGAAUUACAUUUUUAUCAUUUAAAGCAAAACUAAGUGAAUAAUCAUUGAUAUUCACCAGAUCACUCCCCGUCAACUGCUCAUAGACUUCUGAAAGGUGCUGAUGCUGCUUUUACAAACAGCUGUUCCCAUCCUGUAUUAUUGUCCUGCUGCAUCCUGUUUCUUCCACUGUAACACCACGUGUCAGAAACACUCACUUAAUAAUGAAUCCACAAAAUAAAUGAUUGAUGAAACAUGAAUCAUGAAUCAUUCAGAAUUUUCUAAUUAAAGGAAAUAUAUUUGUGAGUC